CAUCAUCAUUCUGCUCAUACCUACGGUCACGUUUACAACUCCGACCCGAACUCACCAUGCCGCCUAAAGCUAGUGGAAAAGCUAUGAAGAAAGCUGGAAAGGCUCAGAAGAAUAUCACCAAGAGCGACAAGAAGAAGAAGCGUAAGAGGAAGGAGAGUUACGCUAUCUACAUCUACAAAGUAUUGAAACAAGUUCAUCCUGAUACUGGAGUUUCAAGCAAAGCCAUGAGCAUCAUGAAUUCGUUCGUCAACGAUAUUUUCGAACGCAUCGCUGCUGAAGCAUCGAGACUCGCUCACUACAACAAACGCUCUACGAUUACUUCUCGGGAGAUCCAAACUGCUGUUCGUCUUCUCCUCCCUGGUGAGCUGGCUAAGCACGCUGUUUCUGAAGGAACUAAAGCAGUUACCAAAUAUACAAGCUCCAAGUAAAUUACGAUACAUCAUGAACACAAGUUCAACAUCUACCAUCGGCCCUUUUCAGGGCCA